ACGGCCCAAAAAAGAUUGCCCAACCGAGGGAGGAGAGCUUGGAAGCUCGCUCCGAUCCGAGCCAAAAUACAAAUCUGAGUACGUAUCUGAACCUGAAUCCAAUUCCGCUGACAGUUGAGAGAGGUAAGCGGAGCUAAAGACACGCCGUCGAGUUGCAAAUGCGCAAAGUAAACAAAAUUAAUUGCUAGACUGGAACUUGAAUCUCUUACUCAUUGCGAUCCGAAACCUGAACUUCGUACCUGAGUGUUUUUUUAAGAAUGGAUCAGAAGAGGGCCAUGCUGUAUCCGCAGGUGGAUUUCGAUUCACCGAGUGCUCCUUCUCCGACACCAACAAGGGACUUGGCCAAUCCGCUGGGCCAUCCCGUGGAGGCUCCUCCAUCGUACGAUGCAGCAAUAGCAAUUCCUCCAGUGGUUGCCACACCAGCGAUUGCCCCAACACCGCCCCAGCCAGUAAUUGUUGUAACCGAACAGCCACAACCACAACCACCUACAGUGGUGCCGAUUGAUGCUUUGAAUUUGGGCCCAAAUCCAUGCCGUGUUACAUGUCCAGCAUGUGGUGCUCAGAAGACUACCAGGAUGACCCAUACAGCCAAUUCGAGAACCCACAUGGGGGCUGGGCUGCUCUGCUUGGUGGGAUGGUGCUGCUGUGCCUGUAUAGUUCCUUAUUGCAUGAGAAGUUGCCGCACUGGAAACCACUACUGCCGUAAAUGCAACACAUUCUUGGGGUCAUAUGAUCCUAAAGGAACGAAGUGAUUAUAAGACUGUGAUAAGAUGUGAUCUGGGGUCUAUACACAAGAGAAAAUAUUAGUGAGAGGCAAUGCAUAUAUAAUAUUAACCAUUACGUAAAAAAGUUUAUCUCCCUACAACCAGCUGAUUUAUUUGCAAAUAAUUAAGAUACUACAGUGACUAUUUACUUAAAAAAUAAAAAUGAACAAGAAAAACUAAUAACAAGAAAAUAUUAUGGAUGACUUGAAACAUAAAU